GUUGUCUGUCAGUUCAACCGUUACACUGGAUUCUUUGCUCCGGAGUCCUACGCAGUCUCUAGUCAUGGCGGGCUCCGAUCUUGUCGACCACUCCCCCCACCAUCCCGCCACCGCCGAGAAGCUCAGCAGCGCAUCCAAUGUCAUCCUGAUCGAUAACUACGACUCCUUCACCUGGAACGUCUAUCAGUAUCUGGUUCUCGAGGGUGCCACCGUCAAUGUCAUCCGCAAUGACCAGGUCUCGCUGGAGGAACUGAUCGCCAAAAACCCGACUCAACUGGUCAUCAGUCCCGGCCCUGGCCACCCCGAAACCGACGCUGGCAUCAGCACUGCGGCAAUCCAACAUUUCAGCGGCAAGAUCCCGGUCUUCGGAGUGUGCAUGGGUCAGCAAUGUAUCAUUACUAGUUUCGGAGGAAAGGUGGAUGUCACGGGCGAAAUCCUGCACGGCAAGACAUCCGCGUUGACACAUGAUGGCAAGGGAGCUUACGAAGGACUGCCUCGGGCGCUCGCCGUCACUCGCUACCAUUCCCUCGCUGGUACCCAUUCGACCAUUCCGCACUGCCUGGAAGUGUCGUCUUCUGCGCAAUUGGCAGACGACCCUACCAAGAGUGUCAUCAUGGGCGUGAGGCACAAGACGUUGGCUGUGGAGGGAGUUCAGUUCCACCCGGAGAGUAUCCUUACUGAACACGGACGGAUGAUGUUCAGGAACUUCCUCAAGCUUACGGCGGGCACCUGGGAAGGAAAUGGGAAGCAUUUCGACCGGCAGACUAGCGCGGACGACGCAGCCCCCUCGACCAAUGCGCCGAAGAAGGACAAAAAGCAGUCCAUCCUGGACAAGAUCUACGAUCAUCGGAGAGCUGCUGUUGCCAUACAGAAGACCAUUCCCUCGCAGCGACCGGCUGACCUCCAGGCUGCUUACGACCUGAACCUGGCACCUCCCCAGGUUUCAUUCCCCGCUCGUCUGAGGCAAUCACCUUAUCCAUUGUCCCUCAUGGCAGAAAUCAAGCGGGCUUCCCCCUCCAAGGGUAUGAUUGCCGAGAACGCAUGUGCUCCCGCGCAGGCUAGGCAGUAUGCAAAGGCUGGAGCCAGUGUCAUCUCCGUUCUCACGGAGCCCGAAUGGUUCAAAGGUAGCAUCGACGACUUGCGUGCCGUUCGCCAAAGCCUAGAGGGAAUGACGAACAGACCUGCCCUUCUGCGAAAGGAGUUCGUCUUCGACGAAUACCAGAUCCUGGAAGCUCGCUUGGCUGGCGCUGAUACGGUAUUGCUCAUUGUGAAGAUGCUUAGCAUUGAGCUUCUCACUCGGCUAUACCACUACUCUCGCACCCUCGGUAUGGAGCCGCUGGUCGAGGUCAACACUCCUGAAGAAAUGAAGAUUGCGGUGGACCUUGGGGCCGAAGUGAUUGGUGUCAAUAAUAGAGACUUGACCAGUUUCGAGGUUGAUCUCGGUACCACGAGCCGGCUCAUGGAUCAAGUCCCCGAGAGCACCAUUGUGUGCGCCCUCAGUGGAAUUUCUGGGCCCAAGGAUGUGGAGGCCUAUAAGAGCGAGGGCGUCAAGGCUAUUCUCGUUGGCGAGGCCCUUAUGAGGGCAGCAGACACCUCGGCGUUUGUUGCAGAACUCCUCGGGGGUUCCAAACAGAACACUCCCAAAAGCUUGCCAAGCUCGCCGUUGGUUAAGAUCUGCGGUACCCGGUCUAAGGAAGCAGCUCGAGUCGCAAUCGAUUCUGGCGCAGACUUGAUUGGCAUCAUCCUAGUUCAGGGACGGACGCGAUGCGUCCCCGAUGACGUUGCACUACAGAUUUCUGAAGUAGUCAAAUCUACGCCGAAGCCUGCUAGCCAGGCUCCUGCCACGUCUCAAGCGACACCGAGUGCCGCAUCUCUUGAGUACUUCGAUCACUCAGCCCAGGUCCUACGCCACCCCACCCGGGCGCUGCUCGUUGGCGUUUUCCAGAACCAGCCUCUAGAGUACGUCCUGACUCAACAACAGAAGUUGGGGCUUGACGUUGUGCAAUUGCACGGGUCUGAGCCGCUAGAGUGGGCCAAGUUGAUCCCAGUCCCUGUCAUUCGCAAAUUCUCGCUCGAUGAGCCCGCGAUCGCUCGCAGAGCUUAUCACACUUUGCCAUUGUUGGAUUCUGGAGUGGGGGGAACUGGCGAGUUGCUGGAUCAAUCGCGCGUCCAAAAGGUCCUUGAUAAGGACAGUGGUCUACGAGUCAUUCUGGCUGGUGGAUUAGACCCUACCAAUGUCGUCAAAAUCAUCCAACAACUAGGCGAGUCUGGCCGCAAGGUGGUCGGUGUGGAUGUCAGUUCUGGUGUAGAGUCAGAUGGCUCUCAGGACCUCUCCAAGAUCGCUGCCUUUGUACGGGCUGUGAGGGGUCUGUAGCUCUAAGUCAUCUAAUUUUUCUUUCUUUUCGGACACGAAAUGCUUUCGGACAAAUUAGUUGGUCGAUUUUUUGUAAGCUUUCUUGUGAUCUCCCACUCUGGGAUUGAUUUACCUACUAUCCAUACCUGUUAGGGCCGGUGCAGCUCUUACUUGAAGAUAAUUCAGAUAUCUCUGCCUCCGGGUUCACGCUUGCUUCACUACCGCUUAACUGCCUUUCACUGGCUAAUUGGUUGGUCCUUUAUUUGUAGAACCUUCCC